CGCCCACGGGGAAUGGAGGAUAUAUUUAUAUAGUCAAUAUUGGACUGUACUGAGGCAAUUUUACUUCAUUAAUAGAAGCCGAAGCUAAACAAUACAAUACACUGAACAGGUUGUAAGCUACAAGGCAAAUUUAUCGACAGAAUGCAGUUUGUAGCCAGUUUGUCGCACGUCGACGAAAUCUUCGCGAUGGUGUCAUACAAACUCAAUGGAGGCAUUUCGGCACCCACAACACCCACGUCAAGUACAGGAGACCUGUCCAAAGCAGAUACAAUACAAAAAGAGACCACGAAAGAACUUAUUGAAUGCUACAGACUACUCGGUUUAACUUCCAGAUCAUUUGCUGCGGUUAUUCAGGCACUCCAGCCUGAACUAAGAGCGGCGGUUUGUGUCUUCUAUCUCGUACUGAGGGGGUUAGAUACCAUAGAGGAUGACAUGACCAUCCCGUUUGAUACUAAAGCACCGUUACUAUUAGACUUCCAUAAUAUAUUGUACAAAGAGGGCUGGACAUUCGACGGCAACGGCCCAGAUGAGAAGGAUCGCCACCUAUUGCUGGAAUUUCACUAUGUUGUGACCGAAUUUUUGCGACUUAAAAAGGAGUACCGCGACGUUAUACAGAACAUCACACAGCGUAUGGCCAAAGGAAUGUGUCACUAUGCCGACGAGAGUAUCACUGUCAUUACAUUAGCAGAUUGGGAUGAGUAUUGUCAUCAUGUUGCUGGUUUGGUGGGCAUUGGCCUGUCGAAGUUGUUCGCAGCGUCGGGCCUCGAGAGCGAGGAAUUCUACGGCAAGGAGUGCGAGCACCUGGGCAAUCAAAUGGGCUUAUUCCUACAGAAAACAAAUAUCAUACGCGAUUUCCUUGAGGAUCUCGACGAAGGUAGGGUGUGGUGGCCAAAGUGUGUAUGGGGCAAGUAUGCGGCCUCGCUUGAAGAGUUUAGGUUGCCGGAGAACCGGGGCAAGGCAGUGGCCUGCAUGAAUGAACUAAUCACAAAUGCUCUGGAACACAUACCGGCGAUGUUCACGUAUAUGAGUAAGAUUACAGAACAGAGCGUAUUUAACUUCUGCGCUAUCCCUCAGGUAAUGGCUGUUGCUACGUUGAACUCCUGCUACAACAAUCCACGAGUCUUUCAGAAAGUGGUGAAGAUUCGCAAGGGGCUGGCUGUUCGAUACAUGCUUGACUCUAAGAACAUGGACGCCGUAGCGUUAAUAUUUGACGAACAACUGAAAGAACUCGAGACGAAGAUGAACCCUUCAGACCCCUCCUAUAAGGCAACCACUCUGGCCGUACAUAAUGCGAGGCGAUUGGUGAAGGAGUCAGGAGCAGAAGAACGACUACCUUGGUUCACAUGGAAACACAAUGCACUCACAGUCAGACCAUAUCCACACGGCGUGGCCCUGGUGGCUGCCGGAACAUUGGGAUAUUUGGUAUACAAAGCGAAAUGAAUAGAACAAAGGCUUUAAACGCAGGCCAUAAGUAGUAUGCUAGACAUAUGGAGACGGGUAGAGUGGUGGUCAGGGGAUGGGCGAACAAACCAAAUGGCUAAGACUUCGUAAAACGAAUAAUGAAAAUUUGUACGGAACAUGGUACUUAGCGUUUCGGAGUAUCAGGCCGACUAGAGGGGACAUACUUUUUACGGCAACCCAUAAGCACAGCUGUUAGGCCCAAGUUAGUACAUGUCCCGUUCCAGAGUCAUCAGUGAGCAAAGUUUAGUACUAGAGUGGAUGUCAGAGCCAAAUGACUGUUUCGUAAAUAGUCAAGAGCCAACUAUUUUCCUGGUGGCUGGGAAGCUUGCUGCGCAUGUAAUCUGCUACUGGCUACAUCACACAGGAAUAAGGAUAGAGUAACAAAAGCCACGUACCUAUGUAAAAGGAACUAACCCAGUAAAGUUUUGAAGUAGAUGGGACUGGUUGCUGCGUAGAUAAAGCAAUACAAACACAGG